GCGGGCUCGCGGGGCUCCGAAGGCGGCCAGGCUAGUACUUCCUGCUCCGGGGGGAAGCGAGAGGCAACCCGAGCCGAGACGGGCUUCUGAGAUACACAGACACAUACACAUCGGAGAGACGCGGGUACGUGGGCUGGUCCCAGGAGAGCCAUGGCGGAUGGAAGGAUCUAUGUGGGGAACCUUCCGAUCGAUGUGCAGGAGCGAGACAUUGAGGAUCUGUUCUUCAAGUAUGGGAAGAUUCGAGACAUUGAGCUGAAGAACAACAGGGGCACCAUCCCCUUUGCUUUUGUCCGUUUUGAGGACCCACGGGACGCGGAGGAUGCAGUGUAUGGGAGGAAUGGCUACGGGUUUGGGGACUGUAAGCUGCGUGUGGAGUACCCUCGCUCUUCCGCCUCUAAGUUCACCGGUCCAAUGGGAGGGGGCCCCAGGGGCAGGUUCGGCCCCCCAACUCGGAGAUCGGAGUUCAGAGUCAUUGUGACUGGGCUGCCUCCCACGGGGAGCUGGCAGGACCUGAAGGACCACAUGCGGGAAGCAGGGGACGUGUGCUUUGCGGACGUGCAGCGGGACGGGGAAGGAGUGGUGGAGUUCCUCCGAAGAGAGGACAUGGAGUACGCCCUGCGCCGACUGGACAGGACUGAGUUUCGAUCGCACCAGGGGGAGACGGCAUACAUCCGUGUCCACGAGGAGCGAGGUUCAAGCUGGGGUCGCUCGCGGUCUCGCUCCAGGUCCCGAGGACGGUACUCGCCUUACCAAAGCCGGGGGUCCCCCCCUCGGUACCAGUCCCCCCCACCGCAUCGCCACUCUCUGUCUCGCCAUAGUCCGCCGCCCCGGCGUCUCCCCAUACAGCAUCACAGCCCCCCUCCCCGCCACUACCGGUAAACGCAACGGCAGGCGAAGGGUGUCCGUGGCUGGAGGUUUCUUUUUUGGGUCUUUUUUUUGAUUUAUCGUUUUAAUUCCCCCCCCCCUCCCCUCCCCUCCCCCAGUCAUUAAUUUACAUUCCACUAUCGGGACUGUCCCCAAAGGUCUUCGGCUGUGGAAGCUCGCUAGAGAAAUGCGCUGAUGGCAGGAAUGAACUCCAGUUUCCACUGUUCCGUUCUGAAAGGGAGGAUUUCUGUAGUGUGUGUGUGUGUGUCUUCACGCAGAUGUUUGUGAGAUGGUACAUCUAGAUUAGGCUGAAGCUACUUGUCAGUCAGUUUAGGCCAGCUUUAUGAAUAUAGUAUUAAUCAUGUGGGUAAAAGCCUUUCUACGGAUUCUUAUACAUGUGCUUAAUAUGAAUUGGAACCACGGGGAUUCUCCCUAACCCUGAAUGUGCUGGCGUAAAACUGUGAAAGUCUGUUGUCGAAGAGCCCUUUUAGGACAGUCCUGCCUUCUGGAUGGUCAACUUUUAGGCUUCUGUUUGUAGACACUGAAGUUUUUUUUGUUUUACUUUUUAUGUUAAGUAUGAAAGCAAGGCAUUUUUAACUUUUUUCUCCAAAUGUCAUUUCUUUGUACUUAAUCUCAGUGGCUGUGUAUACAAGCAGAUUUUCAAUUUUGUUUUUCAAUUAAUAAAUGGAAUAUAAAAUUGCUCUUUAAUACAAGUGUGUUCAAAGAAUCAAAAUACAGCUUGUAGUACAUGUACAUGUAGAAAAUGAUUUUAAGGAAAAGGCAAGUUCAUUUUUUUUAUUAAACAAAACCACCAUACUUAAUA